GUGUGCAAGUAGAGGGUCGCGGUUGCUGCGAUUAUCGUCGGAACCCUGGCUUACGUGUGUCGUUGACAGGUGAAGGAAAGCACUACAACCGGACCCUCCCAGCCACACGCGGUAAAGCCCGAGGGAAUUGCUAUUGUGAAAACUCGACCACACACAAACCGCAUGCAACGCUUACUCGGUGACGACUGCAGGCGAAGGUCAUUCGCAGUAGCUCCGUCGCAUCAACGAGGUGGUGUUUUGGUGCUUAAUCGUGCGUGGAUGGAUGGCUUGCGUACACCACGGAUCCCACCUUCGCCAGGGGACAAGUAUUUUCUCUCGCCCGUGCGGCAUCCAAAUGCAUCACGGACAGCGUACGAAAAUGAGGGCUGGACGUGGUCGAAGACAGCCGAAGCACAACGUAUGCAGCCUUGGGACAAUCGAGGCGACAGUCAAGCGCGCCAAUUGCGUCAAACGAGGCGUCGCGGCACAAAGGUCCUUGUGAAAUCGGUCGUCGGAGUGGAGCACAGGAAAUCCAGAUGCAUGUCACCAUGGCACAAGCACUGCGACAUUGUUGGAGGUUUCGUCAGCAACAUGUUGGAGGGAUCGAUCACCCGAUGAGGUUCCAAGCACCUAAUGCAAUCCCAUCGGGUAGCAACCAG